AUGCAACAUUUAACCAGUAAUGAAUUGAGCAAAUUUUUGCAGGUUUCAGAAAAUGUUACUUUCAUGCGUUCGUGCUCAUCCGAAAUCAAGCCUCUGUUAAUUGCCUCCAGUGAUGCGGUAAUUUACACGCCAGAUAAAGAACAUUUUGGAAUUGUCCCUGUUGAAGCAAUGUUGUUGUCUCGAGCAGUUAUUGCAUUGGACUCUGGUGGUCCUAGAGAAACUGUUCUGCAUGGUUCUACAGGAUUUCUAUGUACAGUGCACCCAAUAAAACAACUUCCGCAAACUAUGGCUAACUAUCUUAGCAAAUUUGUAAAUGAUCCAGAGCUUGCAGAUCGUUUGGGGAAGGCAGGAUGUGAACAUGUUGGUGAGAAAUUUUCAUCUAUAACUUUUAAAAGAGAAUUGCAAACAAUCGUGAAUGAUUUAAUAGACAAAGACCAAAGAUAG